AUGGAGAACAUGCCCAGUCCAAGGGUUUUGAGCGACAUGCUCAUUCUUCCCAAUGGAGAGAUUCUCAUUAUAAAUGGGGCAAAACAAGGAACCGCCGGGUGGGAACUGGGAAGGGAUCCAGCUCUAGCUCCGUUCCGCUAUAAACCCAAUUCUGUUCCCGAUUAUCGAUUCUCCACUUUGGCGCCCUCCACCAUUCCAAGAAUGUAUCAUUCAAGUGCAAGUGUUUUGCCUGAUGGAUGGAUUUUGGUCGGCGGAUCCAAUCCCCACGUUGGGUACGUUUUGUCUGGAAUUCCUUAUCCGACAGAGCUCCGUUUGGAAGCAUACAGUCCUUAUUAUUUGAAUAGUUCUUAUGUGGUCUACAGGCCUACUAUAGUCGCCUUAUCUUCUUCUUCACUAAUGUAUGGCCAAAAGUUCACUCUGCAGUUCACUAUUUUCAGUUACACUGCCUACAAUAUUGCGUUCCAUUUGUACGCGCCUUCUUUCACAACUCUUUCGUUUUCAAUGAACCAGAGGCUGGUGAUUCUAGCUGCAAAUUCUUCGAAAUCAAUGGGAGGAAACUACUUUACAGAGGUGACAGCACCUCCAAAUUCCGUGACGGCCCCAGCAGGGUACUACAUGCUUUUUGUGGUUAAUAACGGAAUUCCAAGCGUGGCGAAGUGGAUUCAUUUGUCUUAG